AAUCUAGAAAAAGAAAGCGAAAAAACAAAAGUGCUAAAAACCCUUCUAACAAUCUGUGAUUUUCUUGGUUUUUGAUGUUUUUGCAUACAUGAGUUUCUACCCUUUUGCCUUCAUCAAAAAGUUACCUUCAUUUCAAGGAAAUGUUUCAGAUUUCAAUCAUUGGCAUUUGACAGUGGUCAAUAAUAUAUCUUUGUAUGAAUAAACUCAUAAUCUUACAGCAGUAAAAAACUCAGCUUUGUAAUUGAGGAAAUGGUGAUGACGGGCUUCAUUUGAUUUCAAUUGAUAGGAAUAAAAGGGAAAACUCAAGCCAAAAACCAAGUCUUGCUGCUGUUUGGUCACAGUUGCAGAUUUUUUCCUUUUUCCUUCCUUUCUUUUCCUCUCUUUCGCUUUCCACAGGUCACAAACUUAUCAACACAAACAAACGCUCCACUGUGACAACAACAACUAAACCACAAUUAAACCCCUCACAAGAUUCAACAUACCCACCAUUUUUUACCCAAAGCCAAAAUCCUCCAUGAAUCUAACCAACCAUAAGUUUCUGAUUUUUCCUCCUCCAGAGUUUAGUCCAAUGCUACAAUCCUCUUCUACUCUUCCUAAUCAGCAUAAGCUUUAUUGCUUUCGAGAGUGCAACUUUAGCUAGAAUCUGAAAAAGGAGAGUUGUUGAAUUCUUGCUCCUCAUCCAUCUUCAAGACUAGACCUUUUUCCUCUUUUUGCUCAUCUCCACUGUUUUUGGUCUAGCUUGCUGAAUUUGUGGGUUUGAAUCUGUUGUUUUUCGUAUCUGGGGUUGUGUAAUUUGUCGAUAUAAUAUUAAAGUUUGGACCUUUUUGACAGUUGAAGUGGAAAGCUACUUGAAAAGGUGGAGAAGUGCUUCAGUUUUUCGUUGGUCAUUUGUAUAAAAGUCCGGAGUCUUGAUUGACCCAUACGAUUGUAUGAAACAAGGGCUUCAUGGAGAAUCAGCAUCAGCUUUAUUUUAGCUAAAAUGAAGAACCUGCAGGAUCAACAAACCUCACAGGACAUAAAGCCUAAUCACAUUUCACAUGAUUCCCAAAUUGAGCAGGCAAAUAAUGCCACAGAGACUCCUGUACCAGACUCAGGCUCUGUUUCAGUAUCAAGCAAUGACAACAGAAAAGUAUCUCGUGAAGAUAUCGAACUUGUUCAGAAUUUGAUAGAACGGUGUCUACAGUUGUAUAUGAAUAGAGAUGAGGUGGUAAAGACCCUACUCAAUCGUGCUAGGAUAGAUCCAGGGUUCACAACAUUAGUGUGGCAGAAAUUAGAAGAAGAAAAUGCGGACUUUUUCCGGGCCUACUACAUAAGGCUUAAAUUGAAGAAACAAAUUAUCUUAUUCAAUCAUUUGCUUGAGCAUCAGUAUCAUCUAAUGAAGUAUCCAGUGCCUCCCAAGGUUCCUUUAGCCCCCAUGCAGAACGGAAUUCAUCCAGUGCCAGUCAACAACUUACCUAUGGGAUACCCCGUUAUACAGCAUCCUCCGGUUCCUGCUACAGGACAACCUCAUAUUGAUCCUAUGGGCUAUUCUGCACCUGGCUGUCACAUUGUUAAUGGAGUUCCUGCUCCAGGGAAUUUUCAUCCAAUUCGGAUGAAUUCUGGAAACGAAAUGGUGAUCGACACUACUGCAGCUGAUGUAUCACCCAUUAUGCCACCAAACAAUGCAAUGUCAUCCAUGUCGGAUAUGCCUGUAAGCCCGACGUCAGUGGCUUCCAGUGGUCACUUUCCAUUCAGUGCAUCAGAAAUAUCGGGCAUUGGCGUUGAUACUUCAGCACUUGACACCGCUUUUACAUCUGAUGUGGCAAGUUCAGUAGGACUACAACUUCCCCCAGAUAAUGGAGCCGGAAAUUCCAGAGAUUCCCUCAGAUCCUUGGCUCAGAUUCCAUGGAAUUUUAGCCUUUCGGACCUAACUGCAGAUUUAUCCAACUUGGGAGAUUUAGGAGCUCUUGGAAACUAUCCUGGUUCCCCAUUUUUGCCUUCCGAUUCAGAUAUUCUACUUGAUUCUCCCGAACAAGAAGAUAUAGAGGAGUUCUUUGUUGAUUCGGAUUCUGUCCCUGGGCAAUGCCAGCCGUCUGAUGAAGAGAAGUCGUAGCCCUGAGGUGAGAUAAGUUUCGUCUCCGUCGUUUAGUCUAGGUUGAGGUGAUGCACAAUAAUCAUUGAAGAAGCUAAGCUAAAUUUCAGCUUUCAAUAUUAGGCAUGUGAUGAGGCCUAGUUAACAACAGAGAUAGGGACCCAAUAAUAUAUAGCUCCGCUCCAUCUGUUGUUGUAGAAACAGGUACUAUUAGUUAUUCCCUUUUGUUAUAAUCCUAAUUUAUGUAUUGCACAUGAUAACAUCUCUGAAAGCAAGAUUUUAUCAUGUUUUGUUGUAUUUUCUUGACUCGAAUAAUAGAAUUGUACUCCAGAUACUGAA